CAUUUAUGGAAUUCAAAUCAGGUUCUAAGUUGCUUGGCUCUGUCCUAGGUGUUCUUUGAAUUUAGCUUUCAACAGUACCUUGGUUAUCCUGGAUAAGCAACGAGGCAGAGUUUAGGACCCAGGGAUUAUUCUUAUUUUUGGCUUGCAGCCUGUGACAGCUGACCGAAAAUCAAUGAAGUGUACUUUAAGAAGCUUCGCUGUGGUGCAAGAUAAGGCUCAAAUGCUAUUCUUCCUGUUUCCAGCCUAUUAGCCAUCACAGUUUACAGUAGAAUCACUGUGUCUAAACUCGUAUCUUUGGAUGGAAGUUGUUUGCCUAUGAAAAGCAAGAGAUCCAGCCGCAGAUGUGGUUGCGAGGAUGGGGCUUCCUGCUUUUAUUAUAGUGUCCCUCCUUCUUUGUACUAACAGUUCAGCUUUUACUGUGUUCAGCUCAUUUGCCGAGAAUGAAGAUGCACUUUUGCGGCACUUAUUUCAAGGGUAUCAGAAAUGGAUCAGGCCUGUGAAACAUGCCAAUGAUACCAUAAAGGUGUACUUUGGAUUAAAGAUAUCCCAACUAGUAGAUGUGGAUGAAAAGAAUCAGCUGAUGACAACUAAUGUAUGGCUGAAACAGGAAUGGAUUGACCAAAAAUUGUGCUGGAAUCCGGAGGACUAUGGUGGAAUCACCGCAAUUCGAGUUCCAUCUGAAUCUCUCUGGCUCCCAGAUAUUGUUUUGUUUGAAAAUGCUGAUGGGCGCUUUGAAGGUUCCUUGAUGACAAAAGCAAUAGUCAAAUACAAUGGGAUAGUAGUCUGGACUCCUCCAGCCAGUUAUAAAAGUUCCUGCACUAUGGAUGUCACCUUCUUCCCAUUCGACAGACAGAAUUGUUCGAUGAAAUUCGGAUCGUGGACCUAUGAUGGCAACAUGGUAGACCUAAUUUUAGUCGAUGAAAAUGUGGACAGGACAGAUUUUUUUGAUAACGGAGAAUGGGAAAUCCUAAAUGCCAAGGGGAUGAAGGGAAACCGAAAAGACGGAUUGUAUUCCUAUCCUUUCAUUACCUAUUUUUUUGUUUUAAGACGACUACCAUUAUUUUACACUCUCUUCUUAAUCAUCCCAUGUCUGGGAUUAUCUUUCUUGACCGUGCUUGUUUUCUACUUGCCUUCUGAUGAGGGAGAAAAACUCUCACUGUCCACCUCGGUUUUAGUCUCCCUUACUGUUUUUCUCUUAGUCAUUGAAGAAAUCAUCCCCUCUUCCUCCAAAGUCAUCCCUUUGAUUGGCGAGUACUUGCUGUUCAUCAUGAUUUUUGUCACCUUGUCCAUCAUCGUGACUGUUUUUGUAAUCAACGUGCACCAUCGUUCCUCGGCCACCUACCACCCGAUGGCUCCUUGGGUGAAGAGGCUCUUCCUUCAGAAACUGCCCAGGCUGCUCUGCAUGAAAGGACAUGUAGAUCGCUAUUCAUUCUCUGAUCCCAAAGGGACACAGAAAGAAAAGCCGACAAGGAAGCAUAAACACAAACAAUUCAAAGACGGAGAAAAAGUUGUGAUUGCCUUCCUGGAAAAGGCUGCUGAUUCCAUCAAGUAUAUCUCUGGGCACGUGAAAAAGGAACACUUCAUUAGGCAGGUGGUGCAAGACUGGAAGUUUGUAGCUCAGGUCCUUGACCGUAUCUUCCUAUGGCUAUUUUUGGUGGUGUCUGUGUUGGGCUCUGUUCUUAUAUUUACUCCCGCUUUAAAGGCAUGGUUGCAAAGUGGAAGUAGUAUUGUCUAGAAAUAAGAACAUGGGAAUCUGCGGAAGGAAGGAAGGAAGGAAGGAAGGAAGGAAGGAAGGAACUGAAUAGACUCAGAGUCAACACUGGUGCAUUCUGAACUGGAAACGACACUGCCACUGGUGGCAAUUGGUAUUGUUGAUGAUUGUACCCUCCAAUCAACUUUUAAGGCUGAAUCCUAUGCUCGCUUACCUGAAAGUCCUGUGAACUAAAUUGCAUUUACUUCUGAGUAGAGAACCAUAGGAUGGCACUGUUAGCCUUUCAAAUUGUUGCACAAAUGAAGACAUCCAAUUCUGUAUCUGUAGGUGUUUAUCAGCUAAUACAGAUACAGUCGCCAUUGAAAGAUAAGCCUCUAUGUAUUCAAGCACAUAAGCCAGACAUAUGUAGACCACAAACAUAUUGAUUUUGCAUCAGUUUAAACGAUUGCAAAACCAAAGAAUCCUUUGACUUGUAGUGUGUUGUGUUGAGGAUUAUCUGUGGGGAGUCCCUAACGCUUCUCUGUCCCCAAGCACUUGAAAGACCAGAGAAUGCCCACCAUACCAUUUUGUCAGUGGCAUAGAUGCACCCUAUUUUGAAAGUUUUGUUUUUAUUUUUAAAUCGUGUCCAAUAUUAUUAAUACAGCAAUAUAUCUUUGACACUGGGAAGAUUUUAUAGAUAUCUAUAUGAACUAUAAAAACCAUGUUAGUCCUAAAAGAUCUGCAUCAGUAGACCUUGCAUAAUUUCAUUCAGCCAUAUUCAAACUUGGUUUCAGCACUUAAAUGUACAUAUUCCAUUUUAUGCAAAUUGUAUGCAGAAAGGUGAGGUCUCUGUGUAUUUGUUGCACUAAAUGUGUUUUCAAAGAUAUUGAAUAAUAAUAUAAAGGCAUAGGGCACUUGUGCAUAAGCUUGAUGAAGAGUAAAUAUAAUAAGCACAGAUAUUAUAUAUCUAUAUCUAUAUAUAACAAUUAAUAACUGAGUUUACAUGUAUAUUUAUGCAUACCACUCAAGUGACCUGUCAUUAUGAGUGACAUCUCAUAUCUAUUUUCAGUUUUGAAAGCCAUUCUCAGUUCCUCCUUUUGGUUUGCCCAGGUCUUACAUCUGUUCUUGGUGCCCCUCAAUUUCUGGAAACUUUUGCCACGUUUUAAGCAAUGAAUCAUGCUGGAGAGAGAUAUGAGUAAGACUUGCCAACGAGCCCAGCAAGGGCAUAUGUAUCUCUGUUGCCAUUGGAGACUUGCAGGCCUUUGACUGGUGUUUUUUGUUUUCACACAUGUGGAUUUCCUACCUCUCAGAUGGGGAACAUCUUUCACCCCCAAGAGCCACAUAUAUUCAUGGGGACCCUUAUGGGGGCCACAUACCAGGGGGUGGAUGGGGCCGGGGGGAAAGUAGGCAAAGCAGUGGGUACGACUCUUACAUUCUAACCUUGCAAAAGUCAGGUGCUUUGAUAUUUACCCAAAUCUCAGCCUCCUCCAUCCAGACCAGCAAGAGGCAUUUUCAUAGUUCAAGGCAUAUUCCAGGCAAGCAAGGAGGUCCUAGAGCAGGGAUGCUGAAGAUGUAGCCUGAGGGCCAGAUGGAAGGCUGCAUUUGGCCUGCUGGCCUGAGGUUCCUCAUCUCUGCUGUAUUCAGAUUACAGUGGUACCU